AAUUGAUUUGUGUGCCAUGUGCGUCUAUUUCAUGUUUGUUUGAAAUUAUUUGUAAAUAUUGGAGAAGUGGAAGCUGCUGCCGAAAUGUCGACCAAUGUGGAACAUAAUGAUGAUACCGACAACCUAACCGAUGGCAAUGAAACGCUGCGUCAGAUCGUCGAAGACAUGGGCUAUCCGGAAAAAGAGGCAAGGCGGGCUCUCAAAUAUGCCGGCAACAAUAUCGAGAUGGCCGUACAAUAUCUGCUGGAAGGUGAUGCCCUGGAAGGUGACGAGGAGAUAUCCGAAGUCGCUUUACAGCGACGCAAUCGUCGGCGCUAUAAACAACUGCGAAAGGGUCUAAUGGACAAUCCAGCAUUAAACGAUUAUGCCAUUGCGUCAUUGAUGAAGAAGUCCCGAAAUGCCGAAGCUUUGCGUGAUAUCGUCGAUAAUCAUAGUGUGCAGUUUCUGUCGUCUUUGCUGGAAUCAUCGUCCGAUGAGGAGGAUUCAAAUCCACAGCAGCUAGCUACUAAAUCCAGCAUGUAGAAAAGUAGACAUUUAAAUAAAUUUAACCAAAAGGUAAACUA